ACUACCGUCAAAUUUUUAAGGUUAGGAUUAUAUUGUUGAUAUUUUUUUAAAACAUCUUUUCAAUAAUAUUAUUGGCAAAUUUUUCUUAAAAAUAUCGUAAUGUGAAACUAAUAAUGUGCAACGAAUCAUUCGUAUUAUGGGAAGAGAACCGAGUAAGACUCGUGUAUGGGCAAAAGAAAGACGAGACCGUCUUCAUAACGCGUUUGAUGAACUAAGCAAAACGUUGCCAUGCUACAGUGAGUCUAAUAAACUAUGCAAAAUAGAAAUACUUACCAAGGCAGCGUUAUGCAUAAAAGAACAACAAGAGAAGCUGGAUUCAUUACUGGCACCAGAUUCAAAGAAAAAAGAUGUUGAAGAUGAUAUCAUUAAAAAGCUGCAGGACAGAGUUAAGAAACUACUUAUUAGAAAUGAGCAGUUGUGUAUAUUACUUAAGGAAAGCAAUGUUUCAAUCAAGAAAAAGCACAAGUGGUCCAAUAAAAUAAACCCAGACCAAGCUAAAAUUUUACAGAAGAAAGAAAGUGAAAAGGAAAACAAUGGGACACCACUCAAAAAAACACCAAAGAAAAAGCUUAAAUCACCAAUUACAAAUGCAGUAACCAAGCUAAAAAAGCCUGGGGGAAAAGAUGAAAGAAGAUCAAGGAAAAAGAAAAACACAAAAACAUUAACUUUACAACCUUCAAAGUGUGUUUUUGUAAUAACACAACAAAGUAUAACACCAUCAUGUUAUAUAAUCACAAACACUAGACCAAGUACCUCAAUUCCAACAGUAACAACUACAAUUAACACAACUCCAACAGUUAUAUCAACUCCUCUAGUGUCUAAUAUUAAACCAUACACAGCUUCAAUUUUGCCAACACCAAACCCUACCUUAUCCAAACUGGGACCAGGAACCAUAAUCAUGCCCAAUGGAUCAGUGAUACCAGUAAUACCUCAGAAUCAAAAUAUUAUAGCAAGUACACCAGCUAUUGUUACAAAUAAGGCAAAACCUCCUGUUAAUAUUUCUAAUUUAAUAGUUGUAACAAAUAUUACCACUGCACAAGUAAACAGUAGGACAAUCACUACCUUCUCUAUGAAUCAACAGUCUCAAGCAAGAACUACACAAUUUAGAACAGUUAAACCAAAGAUUUGUUUGACCAACACUACCCAUGUUAACAAAGUUCCUAUUCCUGCGUCGAGAUAUGCGGGAAAUUAUAUAAUUCUGGACAAACCAGAGCCUAAAUCUAAGCCUAAAAUUUUGAAUAAAAGUUCUAAGAUCAACAAGGGUAAAACAAAGAAAAAAGAUAUGUCUUUUGAAGUUGAACUCUCAGACAAUAAACGUAAAAAUAAUGAUGAAGAAAAUAAUCCAGCAAAAAAAUCCAAAACUGAAUCAACUGAAGGUGGUACUUCCGAGUCGCAGGAAGCUACAGAUAAUUUAACAAAAGAAACUGAAUUAGCUAAAGAUACAUCACAAAAUGAGCUUCCUAAGGUGAAUGACAGUGGUGAAACACAAACUGUAAAACAGAUACCCAUGGAAGAAAGAGUUCAUCAUACUCCGGACAUUAUUGAGACAACAGUAGAAGAUUUAGAUUUGCGUUGUGAUGUAACAGCUGGCACUGAACACAUAGUUGCAAAUAAUGAACAAUCUGAAAUUAUAAAACCAUGUGAUCCUCCAAUAGAUCCAGUUCCAGUGCCCUCCAAAGGUAAUGAAUCAGAUUUGGAACAUCAUUUGGCAUCAAUCACUGACGAUAAAUUAGAAAACACUGAACCCUGCAAAGAUAAAAACACAGAUGACAUAAAUAUUCCGGAAAUCACGGACAACACGGAUCACGAAAUGAAGACGUUGGAAAUGAAUUUGCCACCAUCAGAGUUGUCUAAUGAUAUUUUUGCCUCGCUUCAAGUACCAUCCGGUUGCCAAAAUCCCGAAUCCACAUCUCCGACAGCAGCAUUUUUAAACACUUUCCCACUGGUUUCUACGUUCAGCGGUGUAAAAGUCACCGAAGUCAUUGACGAAGAUAACUCGGAAAGUCAACGGGGUACUCCGAAUUUACUGCAGAUUGGCACUAUGGUGAACACCAAACCAACUGCCACGCAUUCGGACACGUUAACUCCAAGUUUGAUGAAUUUAGAUAACUUUUCGUUUUUUACUGGCAAAGAUUUCAGUACGAAUUUCUGUAAUAGUUUCACAACAGUUUGCUCUAGUACUGUGGUUAGUAGUACCAACACCAUGGUUACCAGUUCCGUUAUAACCACGGUGAGUUCUAGUUAUGCUAUUGGAACUCUUACUGACACCAAGAAAAUCGCUCAAAUUCCUGAUAAUAGUGCCACAAUUAUUAGUGAGAAAAACUAUGCUAGUAAAACUAAGUUAUCUUCAGAGCUAGUACCCUCACUGUAUAACCAUACAAAUCAAUUAGUGGGAAACAAAAUUGUUUCAAGUUCUAAUUCAUUAAAUACACAACAUACAUAUAAUUUGCCUGGAUCCAAUAAAGGACACGAUGUAACACCUCCAAAGAAACACGACAAUAAGCAGCAUUACAUUCAACAAAAGCCGUACGUGAAUUCAAACGUGAACUUUCCAAUUAUAUCUGACACAUCUACUAAAGUUAACACGCCAUGUUCUUACAGCAACAUUUCAAAGAAUUACAAUAAUACAUUUAACUCUAACAAUUCAUAUAGUUACAACUAUCAUACAGAUACAAACUUGAACCAAAAUUACUACAGGAACAUCAGUAAGAACGACAAUCGUUCAUAUUAUCCCUUAACUCAUUACGACAACUAUUCGGACUGUAGAAAGAGUGAUACAUCAUUCACCAACAAUUAUUACCCUUCCCAAAACACAUCCAAAGAAGUCAGCAACAAAAACAAACAGCCAGUACAAACUAGACCACCAGUUAAUUGGAUGACAACCCCAGACAAUAGAGUGCAGAAUUCCACUACAGACUAUUUGUUACCUAGCUUCACCAAGGAAUCAGACUUUAGCCAUAACAACGUCUAUCCCACUAAUACAUUUGUGUCUAACACACAAACGUCGUAUUUCAAUACCAACACCUUGUAUAACACGAGUGAUAUUUGCGGGAACGUAAACGACAACAGAAAAACGUUGGAUCUUCCAUUGCACCCACCUAUUAAUAACUUCCAGCGCACCGAUGUGGAGGAAUGGUCGCCUACCAAAAUGCCACAAUUUUUGGACCCGCUGGUCGGAGAUCUAGGUUUGACCAACCACAUAUUCGAUCAAAAGAACGAAAGUAAAUGCAGCAAGGAAAGGCAUAAAGACUCGAGACGUACUAAGACCAACAACUUUGACAACCAAACCAAUUUCUUGUCGGUUAGUCAGCUCGUGGAUAAUAAUAAGUCGGACAACGUUCCUGCAAGAGCAACAGCUAGAAGAAACAGCGGAAGUAGAUGCAAACCGCAACAGAGUAAACAAAAGCGCAAAUCUCAGGAAACAAAGGAUGUUACUUCUUUUAACAUGAAAUCCGAUUUAAAAUCCCAUACGAAGCCGGUUGUCGGGAAUUAUAACUCCAACGAAUUGUACUGUGAAAACAAACCGACCAAGGUGACGUCCAGUAGUUAUUCAGCGGAAGCACUGAUUGGUCACAACAAUCACAACAUACAAGCUGAUAAGAAACAAAAUUAUAAUGCAAAUAAAACGCUUCCUGUGCCCUCAUUUUUGACGGACAACAUUUUGCCAUAUUUUACUCCGGUGGAAUUCACCCAGGACAACAAUUACAUGCAGCAAAACCAGAAUUACACUUCCAAUACUUUUAGUCACAGCUUCAGUACGUUCCAAAACAAUACCUAUACGGCGAAUUCGUUUAUGCCCUCCGCCAGCACCAUUUCAUCUAGUUAUAUUCCCACAAAUAAUUUCGUUCACGAUACCACGCACGAUUUCAUUUCGGAUAACUUCAAUUUGUUCACCAAGGAGAAGCAUACUGGAAAAAAUACAAAUAGGCAAACUACUGGUAACAACAGAGAGGACAAAAAUAAUCAUAAUUCUGGUUGUUCAAAUAAUUAUAAGAAGUCAAAAAAGAAAGCAAACAAUGAUGGAAGUUUGCCAGGUUUUGAUAUACAAUUUUUAUCGAUGCCUGGCAAUAGAAACUCGCCGAUAUUGCCUGACGAUUUCCACACCCACACCAGUUUCCUUCCGCCAGCUACUUCGUACAAAAAUAUGACGCCGUUGUAUAACAAAAAUCCGGAUAUAACAUCCAGUUCUUUGUUACCCUUGGUACCUGGAUCGAGGAGUGGAAAUCAGCCUGAAAUUUCUCCUUCUACUAAUGUGGCUGCUGGAACUUCCUUGACAAACUUCAAUUUGAGCACGAUCUUCCCGGAGAUUAACAAGGGCACUAUACCGGAUUUGUACCGGGAUUCGAGGAGUAAGGAUCAGCCAUCAUCACGUAACUACAACACACCAACAUCGUCGAUUCAAGUACCAUUCAACAACAAGUCUUCGUUUAAUUACAGCGCUUAUUAGGAACUAGGAGGUGACUCCAAAUUAUAUAAUACUUGUACCUGAUUUAUAUAGUAGUUUUUAAAUAUUGUAAAUAUUGUAAUAUUUUGAAAAUAAACUCAAUUAUCUAUUUAA